AUGGAUCAAAACGAGGGCCAUGGCGGUGGAGAUGCGAACGAGCAAUUCAAUCGGAACGAAGCAAUCUCCGCCGUUGUCGACGAGGGUUUCUUAGGGGAAGACGAUGAUGAUUAUGAGGAUCUUUACAACGAUGUUAAUGUCGGUGAGGGUUUUCUUCAAACUCUUCGGAAGAAUGAUGAUGUAGGGUUUAGCAAUGAGGAAGAAGUUGAGAAGAAGAAAGUGGAACCACUCCCUCAGCCGGUGCAUCGUCCACAACCUUUGGAUGAUGUCGCCGGUGGUGAUGAGACCAAGUUUGAGAACAAUGAUGCUGUUUCUAGUAGAGUAGAGGCAAAUUCGAAUGUAAAUGAGAUGGCAGGAAGGGGAUCUGGUGGACCAGUAGGGGGUGGACUUAGAGUUGAAUUAGGGCAAGCUAAAGUAGGUGAAGUAGAAACUCGAACUCUGGAUAACAACAACAACAACAAUAACAACAGCAUGCCAAACCUAGGUGCAGGACAACAACAGCCUCAUCAUGUUCUGACUGUAGGGAAUACAGGAAACAUGGCGAAUUUAAGCAAUACUGGAGAUGAUGGGUUAGCUAGACAACCCAAUGCUUUUGGUAACGGUGGUGGUGGUGGCAUGAACAUGGCCGGAGGUGGUGCUGCUGUUGGAGGAGGCGGUGGUGGAGGUACAAUCCUUUUCGUGGGAGAUUUGCAUUGGUGGACAACAGACUCAGAGCUUGAAUCAGAACUUUGCAAGUAUGGCCAUGUGAAGGAGGUGAAGUUCUUUGAUGAAAAAGCUAGUGGAAAAUCAAAAGGGUAUUGCCAGGUUGAAUUCUAUGAUCCUUCAGCAGCCACAGCUUGUAAGGAAGGAAUGAAUGGACAUGUCUUCAAUGGUCGUCCCUGUGUUGUUGCAUAUGCUUCACCAUACAGUGUCAAAAGAAUGGGAGAAGCACAAGUCAACCGAACUCAACAGAUGACUCAGUCGGCCGUGGGUCAACCAAAAAGAGGUCCCGGAGAUGCUCCGGUUAAACCAGGAGGCAACACCAUGGUUUCCGGUGGGAAUUUCCAAGGAAACAGUGGAGGUGAUAACAACAACAACAACAGAGGAUUUGGAAGAGGAAAUUGGGGUAGAGGAAAUGGUCAAGGGAUGGCGGGGCGUGGGCCCGGUGGACGUGGCGGAAUGGGCGGGCGUGGGAUAAUGGGCGGGCGUGGAAACGGGUUCGGCCCACCACCAAUGAUGCAUCCGCAAUCCAUGAUGGGGCAAGGUUUCGACCCGUCUUUCGGAGGCCCAAUGGGCCGAAUGGGUGGCUACGGUGGUUUCCCUGGCGGCCCAACACCUCCCUUUUCCAACAUGCUCCCUUCCUUCCCGCCAGUUGGCGGCUUACCUGGACUGGCCCCACAUGUGAACCCAGCCUUUUUCAAUAGAGGGAUGCCGAUGAAUGGAAUGGGUAUGAUGCCAGGUGGCGUUGAUGGUGGGCCGAAUAUGGGGAUGUGGGGAGAUCCUAACAUGGGUUGGGGUGGUGAUGAACAUGGUGGAAGAGUAGGUGAAUCUAGCUAUGGAGAAGAAGCCAUGUCUGAUCAACAAUAUGGUGAAGGAAGUGAAAGAGGAAAUUGGCAAAAUGUAGCAAAAGAAAAAGAUUGGUCUGGGACCUCAGAUAGAAGACCUAGAGAUGAGAGAGAACAACCCGGGUCUGGGUAUGACCCACCAAGGGAAAAAGAUGUGGUUCAUGAAGAUGAAUGGCCUGAAAGAAAACACAGAGAAGAGAGAGAAAGUGGAAGAGGUGACCGGGAACGUGACCGGUCAGACCGUGACCGUGACCGGGAACGUUCUCGUGACCGGGAUCGGGAACGUGGUAGGGACCACCGCCAUAGAGAUGAAAGGGAAAGGGAAAGAGAAAGGGAGAGAUAUGGUGAUCAUCAUAGGUAUAGAGAUGCUGACGUGGAAUAUGAUGAUGAGUGGGACCGGGGGAGGUCAAACCGGGGACAUGGAAAGUCAAGAAUGUCUCAAGAAGAUGAACAUCGGUCAAGAUCUCGGGAUGCUGAUUAUGGGAAGAGGCGGCGUGUGACUGCAGAAUGA